GAGACCGCGAAGGCAGCAUCGUGUCACGUGAUCCUCUAGCACAGCUGAGGAUGCUGAAGCUUGCUAAAUGCUAGCCGUCAGCUACGUUAGCUUUGUCUGGUAAUCCUAGGAGACACGAACGCUUUCCGUCACAGGUUUUAAACGAAAACCCACCAGGGGAAAACACUCGAAGAACGAUGGCGGGGUCACAGGGCAUGUUGGCUUCUCUUAUGUUGCCACCAAAUCAGCGCUUUUGGUUCGAUGUCAAUGUCAUAUUUUGCAGCUAGGGCUGACCAGUUAGCUUCCUGUCGUCUGCUGUUUUGCUUUCACACUCAAGCCAAGGCCGAGCAACAAAGGGGAGGCUGUCGGGUGGACAAAGGCAGAGAAUCUCAUUUUGAAACUUCAAAGCCUUCUUGAGAAGUUGCUGCUGCUGCCGUCUUCUUCCCUGUAAUCCCCAGCGGAGCCAUGUCAUCAUCAGGAUGUUGCCAUCUACCCGGGUCCCUAUGUGAUUACUCAGGGAACGCAGAAUGUGACUCCUCUAAGGAUUCCGAAGAGUCUGAUUCCACCGCACAGGCCCAGUACAUUGCCAAGGUUACGGCUAAAGAUGGCCGCCCACUCUCCACCAUUGUUAAAGCUGUGAGCAUGCAAAGUGAUGUAGGCAUGUGUCGGAUUUGCCAUGAAGGUGGUGCAGGGGAGACGUUGCUUUCGCCAUGUGAAUGCACUGGCACGCUAGGGAAAGUGCACAAGAGCUGCUUGGAGAAGUGGCUGUCGUCUUCUAACACCAGCUACUGUGAACUCUGCCACACCGAAUUCACCAUUGAGCGGAGGCCACAACCCCUCACGCAGUGGCUGAGGGACCCAGGCCCCCGCAGCGAGAAGCGAACGCUGUUGUGCGACAUGGCUUGCUUUCUGCUCAUCACGCCACUGGCAGCCAUCAGUGGUUGGCUGUGUCUGAGGGGCGCCCAGGACCACUUGCAGCUCAAGAGCAGACUGGAGGCUGUCGGCCUCAUCGCCCUCACCAUCGCCCUCUUUACCAUCUACAUCCUCUGGACACUGGUCUCAUUUCGAUACCAUUGUCAGCUGUACUCGGAAUGGAGGAGGACCAAUCAGAAAGUACGCCUGCUCAUGCCCGACAUGAAAGGCGCACUCACCACCCAAAGUUCUGUGCCAACCAAGUUGACAAAGAAAAUGACUGAUGAGACCAUCGUAUGAGUGUGGCUCGGCGGCGAGGGGCAAUAUUUAAAAUAAGCCAGCCGAAGCGCUCACAAAACAACAACAGCAAAACCACACACACGAAUCAUAUUAAUGAACCUUUGCACUUCAUAUGGACCAUUCUAAGGAGGGCAGGACUACUUUCUCCCACUUUUGUCUUUGUAUUGAAGCACUUGAUGUAAAUUAUGACAGUAUUGGCCAGCCACAAAUGUGGUUUUAGGAUGAACUUGUGCAAAAGUCACAUUCGAUUUGGAUAGCGUCUUGUCUGGACCGCUGGUGCUGAGACGUCAACAUUUGAAAAAUACUUAAAAGAUGGACUAACCAGCCCGGCCUUAAGUCUGACAAAGGUAUGAAAUACUAAGACACAAGCUAUUGUAGCAGGAUAUAACUGACAGCAUGCUACGACAGUAUAAUAUGAAACAUAUUCACUACCUAUAAUUCCCCACACGCACCUUCACAAUGUAUUUAGCCGUUUUAAAAACGAGGGGCUGACCUUUACCCUGGCAACGUAUGCUACAACUCUGACUCUUCCUUUGUGAUAUUAACUUACAGUAUUCUGAGUUUUUAACUGUCAAUAAUCAUUGCCCUCUAUUAUACACAUUUACAGAACAGUUGGUGGGGUCACCUCUCGAAUUUGUAUUUUUUAUUCCCUAAUUGAACCUUUUAUGUUCCAGUAUGUGUUGAUUCUUGCUAUGUAUUGAGAGAGAGAGAAAAAAAAUGUGGGACGGUAAAGCCUUUAACAUAUGAAUGUUGCCAAUUUGUAAGAGGAGAGGACUGAAGAAACGAAAUAAUUUCCUGUUCUUGCAGGUGAGAUUUAAGACGUGAAACAAGACGUCUGCAAACGUUAAAUGCAUUUUGAGACAAAUGGUGUCACAUUUGGCACUGGUUGCAGUCCAGCACAGUUUGCAGUCAUAGGUUUUGUAAAGUCCCUUUAACAUUUCUGUAUCUCCCCUAUUAAGAAUAUUGGAACUAUUUAAGUAAUUUUCAUUUGUGUGGUGAUCCUCACUCUAAAUGUUUUGUACCAAAUUGUGGUCACAAUCUUUUACAUUUUUUUGUUUUCAUUUUGUAAUCGCAUUACUUGUUUUAAAGCUCCAAUCACGACAUUUUAUUUUUUUUGCACAUUACAAUCCUUUAUGGCCAGACUACAUGUUGUCUGUCAUGACAAUUUAAAAAUAGCUUUUUAUGGUUUUACUCUUUACUGUCCAAUUAUCUGAUUUGGGGAUUGAAAUGAUUUUUUAAUAUUCCUGUCAAAUAGGGCAAGAGUCUUACACCCACUAGUCAACCAUAGUAUUAAACACUAACUGCUCACAUUGAAUAACUGCAGUAAGUGUUUGUACUUUGGUACACUUGAAGCUAUCAUCUAAGAACAAUGACUGUUUUUUUCUUCGAAAGCAGACUUCAUUAAGUGACUUGUAGAAAUGUCCUUUUUCAAAUGAAACCAGUUACAAAUGUAAGAAAUACAGAAAAUAAUGUAUCAAUGCCUGCAGGUAUUCUGUAAGGGCGCCACGGUAAUUUGUCAGGUUUUUAGAGCAGCAGUACUAAAACCAAGGUUUUUGUGUCACCCUAAUUUUCCUGCUGCAUCCCUGGAAAGUUGGUUUAUUGUGCAAUAAAGCUUAAGGGACUCCCGGA